UAUCGCGAAGAUAAUGCCUGUCUGUUAACAGCAAGGUCACCAUUGCAAAUCUCCAUUCUAUAAUGGCAACCUCAUACCUUAGAGUCUUAGACCUCGCAAGGGUCCAAUGCCGCAUAUUCUCGCACAACUUCAAUCCUGAAAGGCUCCGUUUAGGCAACAAGGUUCUGCGACAACGGUUACGAGGACCCAUCCUAGCGACUUGGUACCCAAAGAAAACGGUGUCUUUUCGAGACCUUCAGAACACAUAUGAGCCUCUGGGAUUAACCACGUUUGAUGAAGCGGAAGACGACAGAGAAGAGAGUAUUCAAAUAGCCAAGCUACGCGGAAAGGGACGACCGAAAAAGAAGAGAACAGCAGCAGAAUCAAGAUCCGCGAAAAAGAACAAAUGAUAAUAUGCUCACGUGACUUAAGAAUGAAUGGUACCUAAAGCCUGAUGGCGAUAGACGAGGGUCUCAGGGGCUUGUAGCGACGAAAUUGUAUUUAUUCUUGCUUGCUGGCUUUCAAUACUCCUUAUAUUGUUAUAUGUAAUACUCUGUUCUCUGUGUCGUAG